CGGUCCCUAAACACGGAGAGUAGUGCAGUGCAGUCGCGUAUCUGACACUUUUAUACAACUAGCCACCUCUGAAAUAUAGCGGCUACAUCAGCCACCACAACAGUUGAAUCCCGGAAGUACGAAUAUCCUGCCGAUUAGUGAACAUGGGGUGGCUCAGCUGCAUUUUUGACAGGUUUUGGCGACCCCGGAUUUGCAUGUGUGACAGACUGGUUUUUCAGUGACAGGACUGUGGUCGCUCAAACCGGACUGGAGAGAGAGGAAGGAAGGUUUCCAAAGGGGGACUGUUGAUAUGAAACUGAAGUCGUGCUGUAGUCGCCAAUGGAAAGCUCGUCGGUGUUUGGCGUCCGUCUGUCCCUGAAGCAACGAUAUUUCCUCCUGCUUUGCGUCGCCGUCGGAGCCAUAAUUGCCUACCAGUCCACGAGGAAUCACCCUGAAACAAGGAGAAUGAGCCGCUUGGAGGGUCUGAGGGCCAACUCGUCUCAGUUCACUCUGGAGAGAAAACCCUUCCGCAUCCUGGGAGGCUCCAUCCAUUACUUCCGUGUCCCCAGAGCUUACUGGGAGGACCGGCUGCUGAAGAUGAAGGCCUGCGGCCUCAAUACCCUCACAACAUAUGUGCCGUGGAACCUGCAUGAGCCUGAGCGAGGGGUGUUCAACUUUGAGGAUCAGCUGGAUCUAGAAGCGUACCUCCACCUUGCAGCCAGCAUGGGCCUCUGGGUGAUUCUGCGUCCAGGGCCCUACAUCUGUGCCGAGUGGGAUUUAGGGGGACUGCCCAGUUGGCUGCUACAGGAUCAAAACAUGAAACUGAGAACAACCUACCAAGGGUUCACUGAUGCAGUCAACGCGUUCUUCGAUCACCUAAUCAAGAAAGUUGUUCCGCACCAGUACUCUGAGGGUGGCCCAAUUAUCGCAGUUCAAGUGGAGAAUGAAUAUGGCUCCUAUGCUAAGGAUAAAGAAUACAUGCCUUUCAUCAAAGAGGCAUUAUUGUCAAGGGGCAUCACAGAGCUGCUGCUGACCUCAGACAACAAGGAAGGACUAAAGCUUGGAGGAGUGAAAGGAGCACUAGAAACCAUCAAUUUUCAGAAACUGAACUCAAAUGACAUUAAGUAUCUGGAUGGAAUACAACCUCGGAAGCCCAAGAUGGUGAUGGAGUACUGGUCUGGCUGGUUUGAUCUUUGGGGAAACCUUCAUCAUGUGUACACAGCUGAGGACAUGAUACCUGUUGUCACAGAAAUCCUUAAACUGGACAUGUCCAUCAAUCUCUACAUGUUCCAUGGGGGGACAAAUUUUGGCUUCAUGAACGGGGCAUAUGUCGUUGGAAUACCAGCACCUAAACCUAUGGUAACGAGCUACGAUUACGAUGCUCCAUUAUCCGAGGCUGGGGAUUACACCACCAAGUACCAUCUUCUGAGGAAUUUAUUCAGCCACUACCACACCCAGCCUCUCCCUGAACUCCCCUCUCUCCGGGAGAGGAGAGCCUACCAGCCCGUUGUCAUCCAGCAGCACCUGUCUCUGUGGGACAGUCUGCAUUUCACUGACAAGCCUUUGAAGUCAGAGAGGCCGGUGAACAUGGAGAAUCUCCCUGUCAACAAUAAAAAUGGUCAGUCAUACGGCUACACACUGUAUGAGACAACCAUUACCAGUGGAGGAUCCCUCAACUCAAAGAACAACAUCAGAGACAGAGCAUUGGUUUUUGUGGACAAACAUUUUGUUGGUAUCCUGGAUUAUAUAACACAUGAACUAGCACUCCCUGAUGGGAAGGGAAGAAGAACUCUCAGUUUACUGGUGGAGAACUGUGGAAGAGUGAAUUAUGGGAAAACCCUGGAUGAGCAGCGCAAAGGUCUGGUUGGAGAUAUAGAGUUAAACAAGUGGGUCCUCAGGGACUUCAUUAUUCAUAGUGUGGAUAUGAAGCCAGGCUUUAUGAACAGACUCGAGAAUUCAGGCCACUGGAUGUCUAUGCGCCACCGGCCCUCCUUCCCAGCGUUUUUCCAGGCCAAACUCUAUGUGAGCAGCUUUCCUAAAGACACCUUCGUCAAACUCCCUGGAUGGAUUAAAGGUGUCGUCUUUAUCAAUGGCAAGAAUCUUGGACGUUACUGGUCCAUCGGUCCGCAGCAAACUCUCUAUGUCCCAGGCCCCUGGCUUCACAGGGGGGACAACCAGGUCAUAGUGUUCGAAGAGCAGGAAACAGAUGGUAAGAUCCAGUUCGCCAGCAGCCCUGACUACGGCAUGCCUGUCGAUGUCCAGUGAGGACAGGAGGUCAGAGGGGAGGGUGGAUGGGGAAAGGAGGAUGACGGGACAGUAGCAACCAGCAGCACUCAAAAGUGACAUGUCAGUAAACAUGUCUAGCAGAGGACACUGACACAGCAGCGUAAUCAGCUUCCUCAGAGCAAUAUCUCAUUGUAUAUAUCAUUAUAUAUCACUGUAUAUAUAACAUUGUGUUAAAUCCUUUUUAUUCAAUUUAGCAACAGUAUCAUUAACCUUCCACUUAUACACUGCAUAAUUGGAGGCCAAGGGACUGUGGCAGAGAAUGUCCUUGAUUAUAAUAAAGUGUUAGAAAAUAUCUUCCUCUCACAGACUUAAUUUAUAAAUUACAUGCAGACUGUAUAAAAAGAAUGUGUGAAUAAAGACCGGCUUGACCUCUGUGUCAGUAGCCAAGGCCAA